ACGUCAUUGCUACACAUUUGAGAUAGACACGGUGAUCAACAAAAUAUAUCACAAAAUACUUACGACCGCGAGUCUUGUCGAAUACGUUCGUCCAUUAUCGUUAUUACUGUUAUUAUUAAUUAUUUCGCUUUUAUUCUACUCUCACUGAUUAACUGGAACACUGCCAUUGAAUUCCAUCAACCGACGUCCAACGGAUAUUUAAUGUUUCUAGUGUCGCUCUCGACUGGAUUUCGGAUGACGUUUUGUCUUGUCUGCUGGACAUCAUCAACGGUAACAGCUGCUAAUUGUUGUCGACAGCGAAGUCGAUAAGUCGAAGAAUACGACGACGGUGGUUCGAGCAUUUCGUCGCCAUUGCCGCGAAUCGCGUCUCGCACUUUAUCCUCCACUGCCACAAGCUCCCGUACGUCUGUCAACGGACCCGGCCGAUAUGUUUAAACGUGGACUCCCGUCUCCCGACCCGAUGGUCAGCAAUCAGGCUACCGCCAGUACCAGGCCGACUCCACCGUCGCCGAUCUGUAACGGUGGACUGCAAUUCGGCGUCCAACAACCGUCUAGCUACUCCUCUUUCACGCCUGACUAUCAACAUUUCCCGUACACGUUUUCGUCCAUCACGCCACCUGCGUACAGCUGGGCCAACACCAACAGCACGCAUGUCAUGAAGUUUACUGGAUCGUGUAAUUCGCUGUCUUUGGACACGUCCUCAUACCAUCCUAACAAUUUUGGGUCUGUGCCAAAGCGCAAAAUCGAUUUGGAUGCCGAAAUUGCACAGCCACCCAAAAUGCGUAUCACCGAAGAAAAAGUGUCUGCUAGUUUACGAGACAUGCACAUUAGCAGUGAAUUCAAACCUCAUAAUUACUGUGUCAACAGUUCCGUCAGUGAAAUGGAUCUGGAGAAUCCUAACCCUACAGAGGCUUUAAACAUUCCUGAAACUGCUAAAACAGAUUCUCCAACCACAUUAGUCAUGUGUGAAGAAUUGCGUAAACUUCACAAAAUUGACUCUAUCAUACCUCAACCGCUGCUCAAUGUAGAAAGACCAACCAACGCAGUUGUAGUAUGGACUAAAAAGCCUUUAAUGGAGUUUGUUAAUUCAUUUCCUAACUACCAGGAACCCAAAUCAACUGUCGUGAUAACCGAGAUCAUUGACGAAGAUGAAAACAGCAAAGACAUGUUGGUCGAAGAAAAUAAUUGUGUCGCCUUUGAAGAUGUUAACAUGGAGCUUUGAUGGGACUUCGAUCUGUCGAUCUGUGUUGGGACCUCAUGGUAGGCGAGUUAACU